CAAUGGCCAACCAUAGAAAGGCAAACAAAAACCCGAGAAUUUUCAAUUCAAUUCAACACAAUCUCUCCAAACCCUUCAAUCCUAUACCAUAAAACUUAAAACCCAUUAAAGAAAUGAUGACAAAAAUGCAGUUUUGGUCAUGAGUGAGAGUACCUGUGUGUGGAGAUAAUCUGAAAGAUGAAGCUUCUUUCUCCCUUCCUUCCAUAUCAGUCGCUCUGUAUCAUAUACAUUACCAGAGGCAGAUAUGCAACGUGUUUAAAUCUUCCAUUUUUAAAGUUUUCACACAAUCCCAUCAGAGGUGUGUUGUGAGCUGUCUUGUCCACUUCUAAGCACAUCAAACCCAAUAAGCCAACUACAAUUUGGGAGGAGUCUUGGAAAUUUCUAAGCACAAAACGUAGAGAAAUAUGUUGUUUACACUUACCAAUUAUCAUCAAAAUGGUGGUGUAAGGUGGUGUGAUUUAGCCUAAGUUUUUUUCAAGCCCUCAAACCCACUAAAUACAUAACUUUUAGGUGAGACAGGGGCCCAACACUUGUAUUGAUUCAAACUUAUCUGGCACAAAACUUAUUUGCCAAAACAAAAGCCACAGAGAGAGAGAGCAGCAGAGAGGGAAGUGAGCUGAGAUACACCUUCAGCCUUGUUUCCAUAUAUACUCUCUUGUUCAAGAUCAGAACUUCAUUUUUCAGUCAUUUCAUUAAUGGGUUUGCAAUUUUGAUUUUGGAUUAAGGGGUUGGCGGGAUUGCAUUGAAGUGUACGAUUGAAGGGUUUGAUAGGUUCAGUAUUGGUGGGAUUGUGUAGAGGAGUAGAGGAUUGAGGAGUUUGGUGGGGUUGUGUUGAAGGGUUAGGUAGGAUUGGAUAGCACUGAAAGUUGCUUGGGUUUUUGUGAGUUUCCUUUUCACUAUUUUAGGGGUAUUGUAUCGGAACUGGAGAGGGAAGGGAAAAACUUUUGUGUGGAUUUACAGGAGGGAGAUGAAUGCUGAGAAAUUGGAGGACUGGGAGUUGGAAAUGUGGGAUGAGGAAUUGUGUUGUGACCCUUCUCAGAGCAGCGGUGUCGGUUCAAAUGCCAAAAGGGCUUUGGUAGGAGCAGGAGCUCGCGCUCUUUUUUACCCGACAUUGCUGUAUAAUGUUGUUAGGAACAAGAUUCAGCCUGAGUUUCAUUGGUGGGAUAGGGUUGAUGAGUUUAUAUUGUUAGGUGCCGUGCCUUUUGCUGCUGAUGUUCCUCGCCUAAAGAAACUUGGGGUUGGUGGAGUAGUAACUUUAAACGAGUCUUAUGAAACUUUGGUCCCGACAUUGCUCUAUCAUGCUCACAGCAUUGACCAUUUGGUGAUUCCCACAAGAGAUUAUCUCUUUGCUCCAUCACUCAAUGAUACUCGCCGAGCUGUAGACUUCAUCUAUAGUAAUGCAUCUCUUGGGAGAACGACAUAUGUUCAUUGCAAGGCUGGUCGGGGCCGCAGCACAACCAUUGUUCUCUGUUACCUGGUGGAACACAAACAGAUGACACCUGAUGCUGCAUACAACUAUGUGAAAUCCAUCAGGCCAAGGGUGGUCUUAGCCUCGGCUCAGUGGAAGGCUGUUCAUGACUACUAUCUGCAGAAAGUGAAGAAAACUAAAAGUUCUGGCUGCAUUAACAGAGUCAGAAAGUCUCCAUUCUUCCCAUCAAAACAAUAUGCUGCAGCCUUUGAUGAUGACUCCAUUGACAUAGUAACAGAGUCAGAUCUUGAUGGAUAUGAGUCAUAUGGCACAGGCUGUGACUCUAUAAUCAUGGGCAGGAGACGGCAAGGAAGAAGCUCGGAAGUGCAGUGGCUGAAAUCGAGGUUUUUUGAGAGCUGGAUGCCUAUUGAGAGUGUUCUUCAUUUGAAUUCACAUCAAUGGAUGUUGAAAGUGCCUUCAGAGCAAAUAAUGAUGUUUCAUGAGAAGAGUCUAAUAAGUAGUUAUGGCAUUUCAAGAGUCUAAUAAUGGUCCUAGCAGACCUUUGUUGAAGGGGAAUGAGAUAUUAAGGAUGAGAAUGGAAAGAAGUGAGUGAGAUUUGGUAGUUGGAGUUCAAAUCUCCAAUUAUUAUGGGAAGAGGGGGAGAGUAAGGUUUAGAGAGGGCAUAAAGACUAUGUAGGCUUGAAAGAGUGAGAAAAAGCACAAAAGGCUAAAAAUUGCAAACUGGGUCGUUCGACUGCUAGGCUCUUAGCCUAGCAAACUUAGUGUUUGCUUGACUAGCCUAGUGGGCAGCCUAGUGAGUUAGCUUUUCUCAUGUUUUUGUUUUUUCAUAGUUUUUGAAGGGGAAUCAAAGGAGUAUCAAGUCAUUUUCCUUCUAAGGUUUUUGACCCUUCCAAAGUGUUAUGUUUAAGUCAUCUUUUAUUUUGUUUCGUUCCAAAACUUGCACAAACUGAUCAAAACAUGUCAUUAAUAAAACAUGACAAAUGGAUUGUCUCAUGCGUGCAAUGUCAUGAGCUUGAAUGAUUUAAAUAUGAUAAUAAUGAGAAAAUUUUCACUAAUUACUCCUCCUUGAAUGAUCUUCUCUGUAAAUGGUGUCGUGAUAAUCUUGUGGAUGACAUGUAAGGCUGUUGGCUCAAUGGUUCCUCCCAAAGCCAAGGUGGUACCUCCUUCAUUGAGGCCCUAUCUCCCGCAAAAGUCUCCCUUCAUGGUAGGAAAUGGGCGUUAGCCAUGUACCUCUUUCUUUUUUAUUCUGUAGAGUGUCUAUUUAAGUCUUGCUCCUUAUCCCAUUGUUCAUUUUAUUGUACACUCCUCCUUGAUGGUUGCAAUAUGGGUUGUUGAAUGA